GACCAAAUUCGUGUCAACCCAUGUGGCUUUGUUUUGCUUGCCAAUCUUGUUUUACUCUCUCACUGAAAAGAGAAUUUAUUUACGGAUUGCGAUGAAUUCUGCCGAACAAAGUGAAAAGCCUUCGGUGCUGGAGAGUUUGGGCCUUUGCAGACUUUGUCGUCUUCGCUACACCGGCGUUAGGAAAUUUUCAGAUUACGAUUGUACGGCCGAAGCUGAAGUGAAAUCAGAGGAGCCACCGACGAAGUGCAGAAAGGAAGAAACGUGUAUCGCUUGUUUAGGCCUGUUGCAACAUCUGACAGAAGAUUCACAGUUGCAGCUGAUCAUUGAUGCAAUUGCAAAAGAAAAUUAUGAUUCACCAGUGAUGACCUGUGCUGUUUCACUGCCUAUUGCUCUUCAAAUUCGAGCCCACUCUUUGGAGCUUUAUCUGAAAGGAAAACUUCCAGGAUUCGACAGCACAAAGGUAGUUCCAAUCAAGGAGGCUUGGAAGUGGGCUUGUUCUCAAAGAGUUGCCUGCGCAGUCAACAAGGAAUCAUGCAGUGGUGCGACUUGCGAUUUUCUCAUUAACAUCAACGUCGAGUAUACAAACGACAAAAAAGAAUGUUCUGCUCUACAAGAAGUGCAUUCUGAAAAGUUCGAGGAACGAAAAAAGCAAAAGAGGAAGUUCCAUGGUCAGCUCUACACCAGGCAAGGGGUUGAAGGGAUGCUCAAUAGCACUACGAAAGAAGAAUUUUUGUCCAAAUUCGACUGCCCGCCUACCUCUCCCCAUGAAUCUGCCUUUUAUAAUGGUGUCCAAUGCUCCCAUAAUGCGAUAUUUAUUGCUGGUCGUUACAAUAAAUUCAGCCGAUUUCUAAGCCAAACGCCUUGGUUAGUGGAAGGUGAGAGACGGAUGGAUGGUUCUGUGCAGGAGCUGAUAAGCACAGCUCUGGAGACAGUCUGCAGCUCAAGGAACAGCAAAUUUGUAGCGUCAGGGAGGGAAGACGUUGAUGUUAGAACCCUAGGCCGGGGCAGACCUUUUGCCGUCGAACUUCCUGACCCUAGGAAAACAUUUCUCAAUCCUCGGGAAUUACUUAGCCUGCAAAAGGAAAUAAACAAAGGAGGAGUAGGUCUCAUUCAUGUCCGUGACCUUCAACGCAUUGCAAAGGAAGAGAUGAAUCAACUGAAGAUGGGAGAAGAGAGCAAGAGCAAAUCUUACGAAGCAUUUUGUGUGUGUCUGGAAGGAAAAUUAGAUCCUGAGAAAUUAAGCUCCUUGGCCAAUAUUAAGAAUCUUGUUUUGAUGCAAAAAACUCCCAUUAGAGUUCUGCACAGAAGACCCUUGGCCACUAGAAGCAGGACUGUGAUCCAAAUGAGUGCCAAAAUGGUGGAUGACAAGCAUUUUAAGUUGUGUCUCGAAACGCAGGCUGGUACCUACGUUAAAGAAUUUGUACACGGGGACUUUGGAAGGACGUUACCUAAUUUGUGCACACUACUGGGGGCAUCUGUUGAUAUUCUUGCAUUGGACGUAAAGGAAGUUUUUCUGGACUGGCCCAAGCAAAUAGACGAGUCCCUGGAUAAUUGAGUGGAACACUUUUUUUAGAAAUCUUAAUGCUUACUUCAAAAUACAAAUUUUUUAGGA